AAUUAUUUGAUUAAUAUAUUGUUAACGAAAUUGACACGCAAAACGCACUAAGAAAACUAAUGCAUACGUUUUGUCUACCGAUAUUUGUAAAACGUCAUUUAAACUAAAAGUCAAUAUGAGCCACAAGCAAAGGAAAAUAUUAUCUGUUCUGAUGGUUCUGCAGUAUUUAAUCACUUCUGUUCUGACAUUUCAACCAGUUGCGUCAACGUACAACAGUCAUAUCAGCAGAAAGCAGCACAUAGAUGAAAGAACAUUUAACGGAACAAAUGAACAGGCACAUUGUGACGACAUAGCCAUCAUUGGUGCAGGAAUUGCCGGUACGUAUGCUUCGUGGCGAUUAAGACAACAUCAUAAACGAAUAUCUAUUUACGAAUAUUCAAACCGAGUUGGAGGAAGAAUGCAUACAGUACAGUUCCCAGAUAUUCCGGAUAUAAAUGUGGAGUUGGGUGCUAUGAGGUUUCACAGUAGAGCCCAUGCUUUACUACAUCAAACCAUACGACAGUUAGGGCUUCCGAUCAAAAGAUUCGAUUUAGGCUCUGGACCAUCACCUGACACCAUUGUCAAUGUACGAGGAGUCCAUUUGCGGUUUGAAGAAUUAGGUGGCAAUAAAACACCCUACAGACUCCAACCGAAUGAGAGAAAACCAACUAAUCAACUAACAUGGGAGUUAUUUAGGAAUAACACCGAUGUGCUAACAACAAAUGUUCCAGAAACUUAUAAAAAGUUUUACGUCAAAGAUAGAAGUGGAGUACACAUGUAUAAACAAAGUGUCCAGUCUUUGUAUCAUAAAUAUUUAAGCGCCGAAGCACAACAUUACAUCAGAGAAACUUUCGGCUUUGCUUCAUUACGAUCGGAGCUUAGUGCCUCACAUGAAGUUCAAACCUCUCCGCCAACUACAUCAAGUGAAGACAUUUUAACUGUGGCAACAGGAUUUUCCACUAUACCUAAAACAUUACUUCAGCGAUUUCUACGUGCUAGUAUAAGGCAUUCUAUCAAGCUGAAUCACGACCUUAAAGCCAUCAGAAAAAGAGGAGACGGCUGUUACAACUUAUUUUUUGAACCUACAAUCACUAGAGGCAGUACCACUCGGGCUGCAUUGCCUGCAACUUUAAAGACGACGUGUGCUAAAAAAGUCAUACUUGCAACCAAUAGAUUGUCACUUGAAAAACUGGAUUGGCAGGGUCUUUACCAACCUCGUAUUAGAGAAUAUAUUACCAAAGCAGUAAAAGAUAUUCCUGCAUCAAAGCUUUAUUUCAGUUAUGAUUCUCCCUGGUGGAGGAGAUCUCCUGUUUAUUCUAACUAUAUAAUUUCAGACACUCCGUUAAGACAAACGUACGACUUUGGUACUUCCAAACUUAAUCCACCCAAGUCUGUACUACAGGCUAUGUACAUGGAUAGUGAUGUACCUUACUGGGAAGAAUUAUUUGACAGAGGAUAUCUAAAUGAAACUAUUGGUGACUUCAUCUUAAUGGGAAAAGAAUUUGUACAAGUUAUAAACAAGUAUUUGGCAUCUAUCUAUAAAUUACCAGUCAAAAACAUACCUACACACGCAGCUGCAUAUCUAUGGAAAAAUUAUCCAUUCGGUGGUGCUUGGCAAACAUGGAUGCCGGGAUACGUAUGGCCGACUGUUGAAAGGCAAAUGACAAAACCGUCAACCAAUGAUGAUGUCUUUGUGGUUUCAAAUGCUUUCAAUUCUCGUUCUUUGUCCUUAUGGUCAAAUGGAGCCUUACAAUCAGUUGAACUGGCCAUGCCGUAUUUUGGAUUGAAACCAAAAUGAAAUAAUACAAUUUUGAUUCAAAA